GUUGGGGAUGGGGGUGGGGGGGGGUCUGAAGGAGAAGAAGAGAGAGAGAAUGAAGACAGAGGCAGAGGGUAACAGGAAGGAAAAAGCAGGUACAGAUAACAGAGGAAGGAACACAGAGAUUGGAGGGAGACUGAGAGAAGAAACAGAGACAGGGAUGCUGAGACACUCCCAGAAACCAAUCAGCCCAGCCUCUUCCAGGGCCCCCUACCUUACCCCCAGGUCUGGGCUCUCAGCCAGGCAGGAAAACUAGACCCAACAGGCAAGGGAGGGGCAGGAAGGUGGACUACAUUCCCGAACAGCCUGUCCUUAAGAACUGACAGCCACACCCUGAGUGGGCCCCUCCAGCCAGUGCCCCUAGAGCAAGGAGGGCAAUGGGGAGAUCCAUCUGCUGUCUUGACCUGGUGGUCUCAGAUAGGGGUCUGUCCUGAGGGCCGUGGAGAACAGGCAGUAUAGUAACAGACUUGGGACCUUUACAGGGCAUGAAAACCAGAGCCUGGGGACAGAGCUGACCUGAGUCUGGGGCAAGGUGUAAGCAGAGAUGCAUGUGAGGAGACAUCCACGAGCUACAAGGCUGGGAAGCACCAGGAAGAGCAGCAAGCAUUAGGGAGGCCAGGUACAUGGACAGACAGCAUACAGGCUUCCAGGAGCAGUGGAAGGAGCCAGGCAUGGUGGGUGAAGUACACUCGCUUUUUUUUUUUUCUCUCCCCAAGACAGGGUUUCUCUGUGCAGCCCUGGCUGUUCUGGGACUCACUCCGUAGACCAGGCUGGCCUUGAACUCAGAGACCCUCCUGCCUUCGCCUCCUGAGUGUUAGGAUUAAAGGUGUAGGUUGGUACCAUCUGACAAGACCCAGUCUUUUUAAGGGGGAGUGGAGAGUGGCUUGGUGAUUCACAGCACCGACUGUUCUUCCAGAGGACCCAGGUUCAACUCCCAACACCCACACUGCCUCUUGGGAUCUUUUGUCACUCCGGGUUCAGGAGAUCGGAUGCCCUCCUCUGGCCUCCCUGAGCACUAGGAACAAACGUGGUGCCUAGAUUUACAGGUAGGUAAAGCGCCUACACAAUAAAAUAAAAGUUAUUUAUUAAAAAAAAGGGGGGUUGGGGAUUUAGUUCAGUGGUAGAGCGCUUGCCUAGGAAGCGCAAGGCCCUGGGUUCAGUCCCCAGCUCCGGAAAAAAAAAGAAAAAAGAAAAAGAAAAAAAAAAGUAACAGAAGUGCUAAAGUCCGGGGUGUGAGUUCCCAGGAACCAAAGGCACAGAGCCCAGGAGUGCCAGGCCAAUGUUGUUUGUCAGCGGUGUCUUUAAGAGUCGGGAGUGUAUUCCGGAAGCAGGAGAUAUGCCUGUCUGGCAUUCAAAGCUCUCCAGCCGCUGGGGCCCAGUGUUCACCGUGUGGCUGGGCCCGCGCCCUGCCGUGGUGCUGAGCGGCUAUGCGGCGCUGCGGGAUGCAUUAGUACUGCAGGCAGAUGCUUUCUCUGGCCGCGGGUCCAUGGCUGUCUUCGAACGCUUCACCCACGGAAAUGGCAUAGUGUUUUCUAAUGGGCCGCGUUGGCGUACGCUUCGCAACUUUGCACUUGGAGCACUGAAGGAGUUUGGCGUGGGUACGAGUACCAUUGAGGAGCGCAUCCUGGAGGAGACCGCAUGUGUGCUGGACGAAUUUCAAGCCACCAUGGGAGCUCCAUUUGACCCUCGGCGGCUACUGGACAACGCUGUAUCCAACGUCAUUUGUACUGUGGUCUUCGGAAAGCGCUACAACUAUGGAGACCCAGAGUUCCUGAGGCUCCUGGACCUCUUCAGUGACAAUUUCCGUAUCAUGAGUUCCCGAUGGGGUGAGACAUACAACAUGUUCCCAUCCUUCAUGGACUGGAUCCCUGGUCCCCACCACCGAAUCUUCAAAAAUUUCCAAGAGCUUCGGCUCUUCAUCUCUGAGCAAAUUCAGUGGCACCGGCAGUCACGACAGACUGGGGAGCCCCGUGACUUCAUUGAUUGUUUCCUCGAACAAAUGGAUAAGGAACAUCAGGACCCGGAAAGCCAUUUCCAGGAUGAGACACUGGUGAUGACUACUCACAAUCUUUUCUUUGGUGGCACGGAGACCACAAGCACCACUCUGCGUUAUGGGCUCCUCAUUAUGCUCAAGUACCCUGAGGUGGCAGCCAAGGUGCAAGAGGAGCUGGACGCCACUGUAGGCCGGACCCGUGCCCCUAGCCUAGCAGACCGUGCCCACCUGCCCUACACCAAUGCGGUGCUGCAUGAGAUCCAGCGCUUCAUCAGCGUGCUACCACUGGGACUGCCUCGGGCCCUCAUCCGAGACGUAAACCUCAGGAACCAUUUCCUGCACAAGGGCACCUUCGUCAUUCCCUUGCUUGUGUCUGCACAUCGGGAUCCCACCCAAUUCAAGGACCCUGACCAUUUCAAUCCCACCAAUUUCCUGGAUGACCAGGGCGAGUUCCAGAACAACGACGCCUUCAUGCCCUUUGCCCCAGGAAAGCGGAUGUGCCUGGGUGCUGGCCUAGCCCGCUCUGAGAUCUUCCUCUUCCUGACGGCUAUCCUGCAGAAGUUCUCCCUGCUCCCUGUGGGAAGUCCUGCUGACAUCGACCUUACUCCACAGUGCACUGGUCUAGGCAAUGUGCCCCCAGCCUUCCAGCUCCGCUUGGUGGCCCGCUGAGGUUGGGCUUCAGUAUUCUGAUCUCAGUGGCCUUGAUAUCCUCACUGCCCUAACUGUACGUGUGAAUCUCUUUACGGAGAGGAAUACAAGUGUGUGCAGCUCUGA